UCGUCUAUAACUGGAACGUUACUGUACUAUAUAAGCCCCCUUCAAUACCGAGGAUACAGUAAUAAUAUCUCAACACAAGUCCGCACUGAGGUAGCAAGCGACCACAAACAACACAGCCAUGUUCAAGCUUAUUGUUCUUGCUGUCAUUCUGACAUUGGCUGCUGCAGCCCCUAAACCCGGCUACCUGCAUGCCCCGGCAGUUGCUUACGCUGCCCCUGCCAUCCACGCAGCCCCCCUGGCCUACGCUGCACCAGUUAUUGCUGCACCAGUGGUUAAAGCUUACGCUGCCCCCGUCGUAGCAGCUCCCUUGGUGAAAACGUACGGCCACCCUCUGGCUUACCACGGAUUGUAUGGUGGCCAUUACUUCUAACUCAUCCACCACAUUCACCACGUCACUCCAUUUCAAAAUGUUUUGUACAGAAAUAAACGCAUCUUACUACGUGUA